CAUCCUCACCAUGAACUCCUCAGGCUAUCAGAAGUGGGAAGACCAGGACCAUCCUGCUUUGGGCAAGUUCCAGCAAGCUGGGAGCUCACAGGGCACAGGUUGGUGGAGGACACUGUUUCCCAGAGAUCUGCCCUCGAAAUCUGUCUCCUUGAUGCUAGCUGUGAUUCUCCUGCUGUGGAUUCUCCUCAUUGUGGUGCUGGUCAAGGGCUCAAAGACCUCCCAGGAGCUGAAUCAGCUAAAAGAGGAAGUGAGAACUGCUGCUUCCAUCUGCACAAAGAAUGUGGGAGAACUAAGAGAGGACAUAGCUACUGCCAGGAGAAAUGGCUCUGCCUUGUGGACUGGCUUGGGGAACUGGGAGAAUAAAUUUGGUGAAUCCCAUGCCCGACUGCUCAAGCUAGAAAGUGAGCACAAUGAACUCAACACCCAGAUGACUCAGGCCCUGGCAGAGGCUGGGAAGGACCGACAAGACAUUCGCAGUGAGAUGUUCCGGGCCAUAGCUGCUGUGAGGAGUGGGAACAGCUCCUGCUCCCCGUGCCCUGAUUUUUGGCUGGCCUUUGAGGGUUCUUGCUACUUAUUCUCCACCACCAAAGCUCACUGGGACCAGGCGCAGCAGAACUGUGCCAAGACACAGGCACACCUGGUUAUUGUGAACAACCUUGAGGAACAGACCUUCCUGACCCAGAACACCAGAGGCUUGGGUUACUGGAUUGGACUCACGGCAACUCGUGCCAGAGGAAAGGUUAAUGGGUACACGUGGAUUGAUGGCACCAAACUCACUUUUAGCUACUGGAAUGAAGGGGAGCCCAAUGAUUCAAGAAGGAACGAGAACUGUAUCAUGUUACUUUACACGGGUCGAUGGAAUGAUGCACCCUGUAAUAACCUCAAUGACAACUGGAUCUGUGAGAAGAGGCAGCAAUGUUGAGGUGAAAUCUACUGCCCAAGCCUGGUUGGGCACAGAAAAGGGACAAUAAAAGAUUUUCUCUUUCCCUCCAA